CACGACUAUUUGCAAGAGCCAGUGUGAAUUUAUCUUUAAGGGUUUCUCGCUUGCAUAGGCUACAAAGAUUUGUAUUUGUGCGACAGACCGCAGACAUCCUGGAGAAAAAAAACUUCGGAUUUACACUUCCAGCAGAGGGCUAUUGGUUUAUAACGGGCUUGUUGCUGCGCCUGGAGAGUUGUUAGGCUCAGCGCGUUUGGAAGAUUGCUGCAUUGAGGGAGCCGAACGCGCUCCUUGCCACAUUCUGUCCGUAGUGGACAGUGAGCGAGUGAGCUGUGAGCGAGCGGGUGCGCGCGACAAACGGACACGAAAAGCGAGCGAAAGAGAAAAAAACGAGGGAGAGGGAGCGAAGGAACGAGAGCGGAACGACUUCUGCUGUUGCCUUUUCGUACAUUCACAGUGAAUUCAACUCGCUCUCAACAUUGUGAGCUGUCCGUCAGCACGACCUGCUGCAAAAUGAUCGGAAAACUCAUCUUUCUCAUCGGAUUGCUUAUCCGCAGUACUGAAGCUGUCCUUCAAGUGUCCAUCUCGCUGAGCAAGGUUGAGCUGAGCGUGGGGGAGUCCAAAUUCUUCACAUGUACAGCCAUCGGAGAGCCAAUCAGCCUGGACUGGUACAACCCGCAGGGCGAGCGCAUGGUGCCAUCACAGCGAGUGGCACUGCACACGGAGGGCGUGCGCUCCAGGCUCACACUCUACAAUGCCAACAUCGAGGAUGCGGGCAUCUACCGCUGCCAGGCCACCGAUGCGCAGGGACUAACACAGGAGGCCACCGUGGUGCUGGAGAUUUACCAGAAGCUGACGUUCCGCGAGGUGAAGUCGCCGCAGGAGUUCCGGCAGGGCUCAGUGGCCGAGGUGGUCUGUGACGUCACCAGCUCCCCCGUGCCGGUUGUGGCCUGGUUCUACAACAACAUGGAGAUCAUGCCAGAAAAUCUCAAGUUUCAGGUCCUGCCCAACAACAACCUCCAGGUCCAGCAGGUGACCAAAGCUGACGAAGGCGUAUACCGCUGUGAGGCACGCGUGGAGGCCAGAGGCGAGAUCGACUUCAGAGACAUCAUCGUGGUGGUGAACGUGCCUCCAGUGCUGUCUGUGCCCCAGCAGUCCUUCAACGCCACAGCUGACUACCUGGAGUCGGUCACCCUCACCUGUCGCGCCUACGGCUCCCCUGAACCGGAUGUCACCUGGUACAGGAAAGGGGUGGAAUUGCAAGAAUCCGAGCAGUACGCCAUCCGAGCCCGCGGCACGAGUCUGACCAUCCGGAACAUCCGGAAGGUCGACGGAGGCCCCUACAAGUGUAAGGCCUCCAACAAGGCUGGGGAGGUAGACCGGGAGCUGUUCCUGAAAGUCUUCGUCCCGCCGCACAUCACCAAGCUGCGCAACGUGACCGCGGUGGAGGGCAGCGCUGCCAUGAUCGCCUGCAAGGCCGAGGGCGAGCCGCUGCCCGAGAUCAUCUGGAGGAGAGCCAGCGACGGUCAGACCUUUGCCGAUGAGGAUGAGAGCAAACAAACAAACAAAAAAGAAAAAGAUGGGCACGUGGAAGUCCGUGGUCGCCAUGGGGAGUCCUUGUUGGUCAUAGUGGGCGUGUCUCUGGCUGACCUGGGUCGUUUCGACUGUGAAGCAAAGAGCAGAAUUGGAGGAAGUCAGAAGAGCAUGUACCUGGACAUAGAGUACGCCCCAAAGUUCCAGACCAAUCACACCAUAUUUUACUCGUGGGAGGGAAACCCUGUGAACAUCAGCUGUGACGCCAUGUCCAACCCGCCGGCCACCAUCCUGUGGAGGAGAGAGAAGCUGACCAUCCCCAGCGAGGGUACGGGGAACAUGCGCGUCCACAGCGCCCCCGGGAGGUCACUACUAGAGGUCACUCCCAUGUCAGACAGGGAUUUUGGCCGGUACAACUGCACAGCGCGCAACAACAUUGGAAUGCGCUUCCAGGAAUUCAUCCUGGCCCAGGCUGAUGUGCCCUCAAACCCCUACUCUGUGCGACUGAGCGGAGUGGCCCAGCGUGUUGCCACGGUGACGUUUGUGAAGCCCGACUCUCACGGCGGUGUCCCCAUAGACCAUUACCUGGUGAAGUACAAGGACGCCGGCUCACAAGACUGGAAGGCCGUCAAGUCACAAGGAACACAGACGCUAGUGCUUCUCUCCAACCUCGAGCCCAACACCACAUAUGAGGUGCACGUCGCAGCAGUAAACGGAAAAGGUCAGGGCGAGUUCAGCCGCACAGAGAGCUUUCAGACGUUGCCCAUACGAGAGCCGAGCCCCCCGUCGGUGAACGGGCAGCGAGGGGUGGGAAAGGCCUACAGGCUGGGCCUGAUCAAACAGGACGACGGGGGCAUGCCCAUUCUGGAGUACAUCGUCAAAUACAAAACAGACAGAGAGGAGCAGUGGAUGACCAAACUGGUCCCUGGCGUCAACGACUUUGUGCUGCUGCAGCCUCUCCAGUGGAACACCCAGUACGAGGUGGAGAUCACAGCCCGUAACAUCAAGGGCCUGUCCGAGCCCACCACUAUCCACUUCUCCAUGCCUCAGAAACCCGACAUCACAGAUCAGUGUUGUGAGCCCCCCCCCAGCAGAAGCGGAGGCCCCCGCCAGCAUCUGGCCCCGGCCGCGUCCUUCAUCGGAGUCGCCCUGUCACUCGCCCUGCAUUUGUCUCUGUGUUGAUGUCACCUCAUCCCCCACCACAACAACCACCCCUUCGCCCCCUCCCCACCUACUCCACUCACUCACACGCACUCCGCCUAACAGCCCCCCACCACCACCGCCACCUCCCCACACUUGGACUAAGACAGAGCCACUGGACCGGGGAUUGUACCUG